GAGAGCUGGGUGUUGAGGAAGAGGGCAGUAGGCAAGAGAGAGUUAGAGAGAGUGAGAGUGGAGUCGUUUUGCUGUGGCUCCUCAGUAAACCCAAGUUAGAGACAGACAGGGCAUUGUAUUGACAGCAGCAUGAUCCUUAUCACAUUUGGACUCUAUCUUCCACUAUUGUUUUGUUAUGUCUUGUCUCAGUCCUCUUUCCUGGACAAUAUUCUCUCAUUCCCAGCAGCUCUCCAACAACAACCUGCCCUGGACCAGCAGAGGACAUUCAACCCCUGCUGUUUACUGAGUCCACCCCCGCCCCCCCUGUUCCCCCCUCCUCCCUCACUGUGGCACCGCAGUGGUCAUAAUGAGGAGUCCAGUAAGGGGGGUAAUCACAGAGAAGAUCCAGAUACAGGGACGGAGCUGAAAGGUCCCAGCUGUGUCCCAGGCCCCCCUGGCCCCAACGGACCCCCCGGUCCUCAGGGUCCAGCUGGGCUACCAGGUCUGAAGGGACCAAAAGGUGAAAAGGGAGAACUGGGACGACCUGGACAAAAGGGUCGGACUGGGCCUCCAGGUCUCCCGGGGCGCCAGGGACCAGCCGGGUGGCCAGGACCAAAUGGGCCCAAGGGGGAGAAGGGAGAUGGUGGAUUGAUGGGAAUACCUGGAGCAAGAGGACCUCUUGGACCUAAGGGUUUACCUGGAUACAAAGGAGAAAAGGGUUCCCGUGGUGACCGCAGUGAGAGCGGGAUGAAGGGAGACAAGGGCACAAUGGGCUUUCCUGGAAUGCUUGGACAGAAAGGUGAAAUGGGUCCAAAGGGAGAACCUGGAAUCUCAGGCAAUAGAGGACCGACGGGCAGACCAGGGAAGAGGGGCAAACAGGGAGGGAAGGGUGACAAUGGGAUUAUCGGCCCUCUAGGUCCAGCAGGUCCUCAGGGGCCCCCAGGCCACCCUGGUCCCCCAGGUCUCCCAGCCUCAGGACUCUACGUGAUUGGAACGAAAGGUGAGAGGGGGCUACCAGGUCUUCCUGGACCUUGCAGCUGUAACUCCAUUAGUGUCAAGAGUCCACAGUUUGAUGAACAUAGUUCCAGGAGCGACUACGCCAAAGUGCCAGCGAUAUUUGUGGUAAACAAUCAAGAAGAACUAGAUCGUCUUCAUACGGACAAUGCCCUAGCCUUCCGGAAAGAUCAGAGAUCGCUUUACUUCAAAGACACCAACGGAUGGCUGCCCAUUCAGACUUCUUUCUUCCAGCUGACGCCGUUCCAGUCUACGGAGAAUGCUCCGGAACAGGAGGGUUACUGUGGCGACGGGAUCGUUCAGAUUCCCAACGGGGAGGAAUGUGACGACGGGAAUAGGAUUGUCACCGACGGCUGCGUCAAGUGUAAACAUGCUUACUGUGGAGAUGGUUAUCGCUACGACGGUGCUGAGGAAUGUGAUGGAAAGGACUUUGGCUAUCAGACAUGCAACUCAUAUCUCCCAGGGUCUUAUGGUCGUCUCAGAUGCACUCCUUACUGUGUCAUUGACUCUACAAACUGCAAGUAUUUCACAUGAGGAGCAACCUGGACACAGCAGUGGGAUCCUUCUUGUCUUGUUUGCUUUGGUACUAACCAGGAUGACGGUAAUGCAAAAAAAAAGAUCAACAACAACACUGCAAACAAGAGACUCAAAAAGGAAGUGUUGACAAACUGGACUAAACCUGACAAAAUAACUAAAACUACACCCACUAACUCUGUUGUAUCGCUGCUGAAGCCAUGUAGCUACCGAGGAGGGGGGCCGGGGCCAGUAAAACGCUCCCUCAUCCAUUAGCACUGGACAAUUUCACUUUGUCUUAAAUAAAACUCAACCCAAGACUGAAGAGGUUCUGCCCACCUGAUAGGACCAGCCGCUGAACGAGAGGCGGUCAAGUGAGAGACAGCCAGAAAGUGAGAGACAGCCAAUGGGAAAGCUCUGAGUAAGUGAGAGACUCGUGGGUGGAGCCGGAAGCCAUAUUUACCUCGACGUAGCACUGUUAAAGAGAACCAGGUCUGAACAAUCAGAAGCAGGGUGCUGUGUAUUUUACUGCAACGUCAAUGACGUCAUGUACUGUAACAUUUGCAUGAGGCUGAGAUUGCUGUGAGACCAUGGCUACAGAUGUCACUACCUAGGCAUUUAACCAAUCACAAUACUUACUAUCGUUGUCAUGAGCUUCGUACUGUGUAUAUAUAGUAGGUAUACGUCUCCAAUUGUACGUAGGGAGUAUAUUGUAUGUCAUCAUUUUACUAAUCAGGACAGGAGGGGCAUGUUAUAAUGAUACAGUAUUCAGGAGGAUUCUGAGAGCCUUGGUCAGUCUGUACUAAAGAGGCAGAUCUUAACCCUUGGUCAGUCUGUACUGAAGAGGCAGAUCUUAACCCUUGGUCAGUCUGUACUGAAGAGGCAGAUCUUAAGCCUUGGUCAGUCUGUUCUGAAGAGGCAGAUCUUAAGUCUUGGUCAGUCUGUACUGAAGAGGAAGAUCUAAAGCCUUGGUCAGUCUGUACUGAAGAGGCAGAUCUUAACCCUUGGUCAGUCUGUACUGAAGAGGCAGAUCUUAAGUCUUGGUCAGUCUGUACUGAAGAGGAAGAUCUAAAGCCUUGGUCAGUCUGUACUGAAGAGGCAGAUCUUAACCCUUGAUCAGUCUGUACUGAAGAGGCAGAUCUUAAGUCUUGGUCAGUCUGUACUGAAGAGGCAGAUCUAAAGCCUUGGUCAGUCUGUACUGAAGUGGCAGAUCUUAACCCUUGGUCAGUCUGUACUGAAGAGGCAGAUCUUAACCCUUGGUCAGUCUGUACUGAAGAGGCAGAUCUAAAGCCUUGGUCAGUCUGUACUGAAGAGGCAGAUCUUAAGCCUUGGUCAGUCUGUACUGAAGAGGCAGAUCUAAAGCCUUGGUCAGUCUGUACUGAAGAGGCAGAUCUUAAGCCUUGGUCAGUCUGUACUGAAGAGGCAGAUCUUAACCCUUGGUCAGUCUGUACUGAAGAGGCAGAUCUAAAGCCUUGGUCAGUCUGUACUGAAGAGGCAGAUCUAAAGCCUUGGUCAGUCUGUACUGAAGAGGCAGAUCUUAAGCCUUGGUCAGUCUGUUCUGAAGAGGCAGAUCUAAUGCCUUGGUCAGUCUGUACUGAAGAGGCAGAUCUAAAGCCUUUGUCAGAUCCUCUUCAGAAGAACAGUAAAGCUAUGUACUGUACAGUAGUAGCAUUAAGCCAAGAUGGCCUCCUGUGGAAAUAGCAGCCAAGCUGAUAGACCGGGAACCCUCACCUUCUGGUAGAACUGAAUAUCGGGGUCUUGUCCCAAAUGACACCAUAUUCCCUAUGUAGUGCACUUCUUUGGACUGGAGUCCUAUGGGCCCUGGUUAAAACUAGUGCACUAUAUAGGGGAUAGUGUGCCAUUUGGACAGCCAGGCUCGUGCGCUCUAUUAGCUUUUGAUGGCACUGUACUGUAGUUGAAGAGGGCCGUUCAGAAUCUGGACAUUGUGGUCAAGGUCAGCUUUGCUUUAGUUUAGAUUGACAUUUCCACGAUUUAACUCAGGAACCACUAACAUAAUGUAGCUUGCGGUUUUCAGAGAAACCCUCCCUCAUAUCCACUGUAGAACACAGAUGAGACCACCGAGUCUGUGCUGCACACUGACUGUUACACUAUCCCUCUCCUCACUCAGAAGUGCUUACUGUACACGUUGAUGACUCAUGCCAUCAGUCCUCCAGGUAAAGAGGAGGACCUCAGUGAACUACUGUCUGCAGGGAGAUAUGACACGUGAAGGCUGGCAAACUGUUAUUAUUACUGCUACUACUACAUGUUCUUAAAUCAUUUCCUCAUUGCGGAACAGGAAGCGUUUUUAGCUGCUAUUUGGUAGGAAGUGAAUUCCGAUAGUUAGGGUGGGAAACCUUAUGACAGUCUACGGUGCAUCAGUUAGAAAGCUCUGGACAUCUUUCUGUCUCGUAUUUAUAGCAGUACUCCUCUUGAUACCUCCAGCCUGCCUGCUUAAAUAACUGGAGCAGAACUACUGCACCACUCAGUGGAGAACUGAACACUAUAGUUGUAGUCUGCAUUACUUCCUGUAUUCCCUUAGUAGUUUAAGAGAACGUUUCAGGAUAAGCUGUUCUUUACCACACGCUAUAGGUCGCCGUGCCAACGGAGGCCGACCUUUAACCUCACCCACACUUAGGAAAAUAUUGUUGCUCAUGUAAAAGUGGAUGUAUGAAAAUAUGUAAUUUCAAGACUGUUCUAAAUGUUAUAUCUGCAUGUUAGUGGUACUGUAACUUACAAGUUUAAAAUGCAACCAAUUUGCCAAAGGAGGCUGUGAAUGAAGCCUACAUGCUGUAAGUAAAUAUUAGUCAACUCUCGACAAGGUAUAUGCUUUUAAAGAAAUAUUGAUGGUUCUUGUUAAUGUAACUGUAUAACUGUAAUGACUGAAUAUUACAUCAACUUUUAUAUGACAGGUAUAACUGUAUUAUCCAUUGCACCGUGUAUAAACACAUUAAAUAUCCAUUUGUUUAGCUAAUAUGAGUGUACUGUAUGCUGUAGGUACACUGGUAGCAUGUGGUAACAUUACACAAUGCUUGGUGGUGGUGAAUGCGCUCGCAUAUCAGGAUUUCAGAACUCCUCUGAUUUCAUAAUUAAGACAUGUUUGACACAGACGUGCAUUAUUGAGAACAAAAUAAAGAUGAGAAAAUGGAA